UCCUUCUUCUUCCUCUUUAAAUUUUUCGAGAAAAUAUUUUAAUCUUUUCUCAGGCGGAGGUCAAAAAGAAAAUUCUGAAUGGAGCGUAUAGCAAAGGUGGCAUCCCAAAGGGCGGUAGUGAUCUUUAGCAAGAGCACGUGUUGCAUGAGCCAUGCAAUCAAGAGACUAUUUUACGAACAAGGCGUGAGCCCUGCUGUGUACGAGCUUGACGAGGACUCGAGAGGCAAGGAGAUUGAGUGGGCCCUCAUUCGCCUCGGUUGCAACCCCGCCGUUCCCGCUGUCUUCAUCGGUGGCCGCUUUGUUGGCUCUGCCAACGCCGUUCUUACCCUUCAGCUCAAUGGCUCCCUCAAGAAACUCCUCAAGGAAGCCGGAGCUCUUUGGCUUUGAAUUUUAACUGUGUUCUAUAUAAGUUUUAAUUUUCAGCUUUUAUUUUUCUUUUUUCUCCCUCUCUUGCAGCUUUCGAGAGGUUAAAUGUGUAGAGUUUAUCAUUAAUUUCAAGGAUAUAUAAUAUUAAACUUUUUGA